AUGUUAGCAGCGAGCCGCGUGCCUACGACGUUGAGACUUAGUGGGAACGAUGCUUGUGCUCCUACUGGUCGAGCAGACUUCAUUUGUUCAGCGGCGCGCUCGAUUGAUAGCUCCAUCGCUCGACGAUCGUUCGCUCUCUUGACUGGAGCUCGUACGGGCCAUGUUCGGGCUAGAUUCUCGCCUGUCAGCCCUAAAGAUCAACCCGCUGCCCCAUCGGUGUACCAGAAGGGCAGUCACAGCCCAUGCCGAUGUCAAGCGGGUGAAUCUGCAGCUCGUGCUUUGAGGGCGGCUCAAAUGCUGUCGGCGUCUGGUACCUGGGGUGCAGACAGGAGGAGAGGGACGUCUGCCCUCCAAGGCGAACCUUGGCUCAUCCCCGCCACGACUGGCUCGUCCUUGGAGGAGAUCUCGGAGCGGAGUGCUGAUGUGAAGUUGGCCGCCAAGCACGUGUACGCUCAUUACGGAGUCUCAUCACGGAGUCCCAAGCCGGAAGGUGCGAUAGGCGAGGUCGAGAACAUGCGCAAGCCACGUCUGACUCGGAAGCAGCGCCGUGUCGAAGGCGUGUCCGAAACGGGCCUCCUCUGCCCGAGCCAACGGAUCGCAGGAGGCGCAGGGAGCCGUAGACGAGUGACGCCGGCGAGCUGCGGUCACCAGGGCAUUGAGACAAGCUGCAAGUGA